AUCUUCCCCAUGUGAUCUCGCCAGAAAAAGGCACUCGUGGGACGACAUGAGCUGGUCAAGCCGGCUCUUAUUAUUCGCGCGCGAUGAGCGAGUAAUUUUAGUCAGCAUUGGGCUGGCGACGUUUGGCCUGCUUAGCUCGAUGGUCACAGCUCUCACGUUUAUUCGAGAUGACAAUGAGAUUCCUCCAUCGGAGCCGAAGACGCAGUACAUUACGCAGGAUACGGAGGACUCACUUCAGUCAGAGACAUUGGAAAAGCUUCUGGACCAUCCGAAUUUCUCCAUCAAGGAAAUUGCUGUCAAAAUUCUAUGCGACAGAGCCGCCAAUGACCCUGAAGUAAUAACGUACAUAUGGUUCGGCAUUACUCGGCCAGAUUACGAAGAGCGGAUGGACUCUCUUAGAACACUGGCAGUGCUCACAAGUCAGACAGGGAACGAGGGACUGGCAAGGUUGCAUGAUGCGAGAGCCUACUCGGCCUUGGUGAGGUGCAUGGAGCUGUGCAUGGAAAGCGCCGACCUCCCAGAUGUCACUGAUAUCCACUGGGACGAAUACUUCCUUCGCGACAUGGGAGAAAGAUUCUGUCUCAUGUUUAUCACAGAGCUGAUUAACAAAUACGGGGCUACUAUGCUCGUCAAGGCCAAGUUUGUUGAGAAGUGGCUCGCAAAGCAAGCUUGGGGGAGCACUGCCGAGGAAAGACGCCGCAACUUCAAGGACUACAUGGGGUUUCGAAACAACCGGAUAACCGACAUUGUGAACCGUAUCAAACAUUCGCGGCGUGGUAUACGUGCGUUGGAAAAGGCUGGGUUGAUUGACAAAGAAAGCUCUCGACGACGAAUGCGAGAGCUUCCUGAUCUGCUCAUGGAAGUCGAAGAGGAAAUUGCAGCGGGAGAACAUUCCGGAGAACAACAAAGUCGACGGACUAGGGAGCAUUCCGCAGAGGAACAGAGACUUCGACGCCAACAUCGCGAGGCCAUGGUUCUGAAUGACGGAACACGGCCUUUGGGCCGGGAAGACAUCAUUGAACGAGAUGCAUCCCCUCCAGCAUAACAGGGCAGUGCAUGUGGGCAAAAUGCACAUAUCAAAGCGCACGAUAUGAUUCUCAGACUUUGGAGGAUAGACACUCACAGCGGGACGAUAAUGUGACCGAAAUGUUUACGGGAUAUAGCUAUGCGGUUCGUACCGCCCUUCUUGGAGGCAUGUUAACCCAUCUGACAUGAAUAUAGUAGCAAGGAGACUGGGCGAUCCUAGCGAUGCCAGCUUCUUAGGUGCCUAGCAUCUCUACCGCUGUGCGUGCUCCUCUUUACGCAGGCACAACCGGGGACCUUUGGAAGGGCAUCCCUCGUUUGGUGGCUAGAUGAUCCAUGAUGCUAUCACAUGCUCUAAUUAAUAGUAAUCCGUUAUCGUCAUACUCUGUAUGAUAGAGGAAUAAAUUGAAAUAAAAAUUCAGCUGACCUUGU